AUGGCACGAUUAAACAACAGCGUCCCGGCGUCCACUCCCGACACCGAGUCUUCCAUUUAUCGCGAUCGCACCCCAGACGACCGGCCGAGCGCGUCUUCAACGCGUCAGCGGGCCGCUCGUUCUUUCUCCGCCGUAUCCUCACCUCUCGACGCGUCUAGCGAUAAGGAAAAUUAUCCAAACGGACAUUCCGCCCGCUUGGAGAAGGGCAAGGCGCCCAUGCAUCCACCAUCCAUACCCACCCCCACAUCGGACAACAGCGAGACGCCACGUGCCAACAAGCGGAGGAGGCUGCAAGAUCGCGAGACUUCGGUAGCAACGACAAACAAUGGAGAGCCCGUCCCCGACCUCCAGUACUAUGAUCCCGACCAGAACCCCGAAGAGCGCCGCCAGCUGCGCCGGGACCUUCGGGCCCAAAUGCGCGACUUCAAUGAUGACCGCGAUUCGAUUAUGGCUGGUGACAACACCAAGCUCGUCCAGUACAUUGAGAAAUCCAACAGCUUGAUGAACAGGGUAAAACAGACUGCUGAUGCCGCCCUCGACGCCCGUUUCUUGGUGGCUGCCAGUGACUUGACUCUGAAAAAAACCACCGCUAUGGUCAUGGGAGCCAACUCUACGGGAAUUGACCUAGAUGAAUUCGUGUCUAAGUGCAUCCUGUUCAUGCAGCACAAUGGCUACGUGGAUAAUGAUGACCCAGCUCAUACUCAAGCCGCUUCCACGCAGGCGCACGCACGGAGACAAGCCAGGCGAGCCAACGUGGACAGUGACGACGAACAGGAAGAUACGGGAGAUGCCCUUGCAUGGGACAUUCUGGGCGAGCGUGCAUGUUUUGGUAACAACCGUCGUCCUCCCGUGCCCGGCUUUUUGCUUGGACCGCUGUCAGUACAGAAGCGUGUCAGAGCCACUCAGACCCAAAGACGGGCUCGCCUGCGCCGAGACCCCCAGUCCGAGCGACGGCCCGAGUCGCUGGAAGCGGAAGAUAUUCAGCGACCGGAGAACUCUAACCUGGUCACGCUGGUCAAGAAGAUUCGUGGUGAGCUCACUUCUGUGCUCGAACGCCGGAUAGACGCAGUGGAUGAAGAAUUGAGCAACUAUCCUGGUGAGCCGCCAGAGGAUGUUAUUGAGGAUGUGAAGGAGAAGCACGGGAUCACGCAAAUUGGCGAAGAGGACCCGUCCAUGUCGCUGUUCGAAUUUGCCAUCAAUCCCCAGUCGUUCGGUCAAACUGUAGAGAACCUUUUCUACACCAGCUUUCUCAUCCGUGAAGGCAGCGUAAGGGUAGGAAAAGACAAGCAUGGUUUGCCUGUAAUUUGUCCCUCGGAAUCGCGUGGGCUCAAUGAGCAAGGCGCCAAGAACGUCUCGAGACAUCAAGCUGUGUUCAGCAUUGAUUAUCCCACGUGGCAGAAGCUCAUCGAGGCGUUCGAUCUUAGAGAACCCGUAAUCGCUCACCGUCAAGAGGAGCAACCAACUCAAACCGUUCGCGGCUGGUACGGUUGA